AAUUGUCAAUCCUUCGACUUUUCUUAAAGAAAUGUUUUUUCAAUAUGAGAUUUUCAUUCCGAGAGCAGUGCGUUGUGCCCGGGUGACACCAGAAUAACAUAAUCUUUUCAAUAGCGAUCAUUUCCACAAUCAAGGUACUGGCAAACACGACGUUUGUUUCAUAAGUAAGGUUCAUACGUACUAUUUUGAUUCGAUCACAACAAAGUCUUCAGGAGAUCUUCCCAAAUGCUACCUACUUAGAAAUACAAACCAGCAACAUCGAACAUUGAGUAAGAAGUGAUUGACAAGCUGCUGUAUUUAGUGCAAGGAAACUUACCUCGUACAGAUCUCGCAAGGAUUGACUUGCGCUGAGUGUUGCUUACUGCGUAUGCGAUUUCAUAUUGCACACGGGUGUUUUCAUCAGAUCCCGUGAACUACACUAGUGUUUCCCAUUUCCGUCGAUAUAUACGGCUUGCUUCGCGAUGAUGGUCCCGUUUCGGCGUAAGAAAUCAAACAAACAGUUCCCAGUGAAAGUUUGCACAUUUGAUUCGGAAUUAGAAUUCCAUCUAGAGCAUCGAGCUACGGGUAGAUUCCUUUUUGAUCUAAUCUGCCGUACCAUCGGGCUGAGGGAAACUUGGUAUUUUGGAUUACAGUACGAAGAUUCAAAAGGAAAUCUUUCAUGGUUGAAGAUGGAUAAAAAGGUGCUUGAUCAAAGCGUAAACAUGACAAACGGUAGCUGUAUGUUUAUAUUUCUGGCCAAAUUUUUCCCCGAAAAUGUUGCUGAAGAACUAGUGCAGGAAGUAACGCAGCACCUGUUCUUUCUACAAAUCAAGCAAGCUAUACUAUCGAUGGAUGUGUAUUGUCCACCGGAAGCAUCAGUAUUGCUCGCUUCGUAUGCUGUGCAGGCUAAGUAUGGGGACUACGAUGAAGCGGUAUGCAAACCUGGAAUGCUGAUAAGCGAAAAUUUGCUCCCACAACGAGUGAUUGAUCAAUAUCAAAUGACGCCGCAAAUGUGGGAAGAGCGAAUAAAAACGUGGUAUGCGGAUCACCGUGGUAUGUCGCGGGAUGAGGCCGAAAUGGAAUAUCUCAAGAUUGCUCAAGAUUUGGACAUGUUUGGUGUCAACUAUUUUCCAAUUACGAACAAGAAAAAUACCGAAGUUUGGCUUGGCGUUACAGCUUUAGGUUUGAAUAUCUACAAUAAAGAAAACAAGCUCUUACCGGUGACAACUUUCCAAUGGAACGAAAUUCUCCACAUCAGUUUCGAUGAUCGAAAGUUUGUUGUUAAAACUAACGACAAUAAGAACCCUAAACCAGUGAUAUUCUACUCACAGAAGCUUCGUAUUAAUAAGUUAAUAUUAGAUUUGUGCGUGGGAAACCACGACCUGUACAUGAAACGACGCAAACCCGAUACAAUGGAGAUACAACAAAUGAAGGCACAGGCGAAGGAAGAAAAGCAGCGUAGACAAGUGGAGCGGAAUAAACUCACACGCGAAAAGCAACUUCGGGAAGCUGCCGAGCGAGAAAAGGCCGCCAUGGAGCAACGACUUAUGCAGCUGCAAGAAGACAUGCGUGCUGCCAAUGAAGCAUUGCGGCGAAGUGAAGAAGCAGCUGAACUUCUUGCAGAGAAGAACCGUUUAGCCGAAGAAGAGGCCAUGCUUUUGUCUCAUAAGGCACAGGAGGUUGAACAAGAGAUAAGCCGGAUGCGCAUGACGGCGCGGAAGACAGAGGAGGAAAAAAUGUACCUGGAGAGAAAGACGCAGGAAGCGGAACUGCUUACCGCACGCAUGAUGGAAGAGUCUAGGAAAAGAGCCCUAGAAGCCGACAAACUAAAGAACGAGCUUAUUCACGCGCGUGUCGCAGAAAAGGAAGCAAAAGAAAAAUUGCUCAAUUUCUUGAGUAGGACGUCGAAUGAAUCAAUUCUAAUAACACCGUCGUCGUCGCCAGAAUCUCCAAUGCAUGAAAUCAACUCAUACGACCUUCUGGCCGAUGGAGACAUGGAACAGUUAUCGUUGGAAAUUGAAAAGGAACGAGUCGAGUAUUUGGCUAAGUCGAAACAAGUUCAGAAUCAGCUGAAAGAACUUCGUUCGGAAAUCGAGCAAUUGAAGAUCGGUGAGAAUCAGUGUCCAUUAGACGAUAUUAAUGCCGAGCAGUUACGGCUAGGUGAGACAAAAUAUUCCACCCUGAAAAAAGUUAAAUCCGGCUCAACGAAAGCACGAGUAGCAUUUUUUGAGGAACUGGAACCGGAGGAGUCGAUAGUAUAAACAAAUAUGAGUUUUUGUUUUUACUAUUGCCGUAACAAAUAAUCUCAGGAAUGUCAAGUAUAAAAUGUACUGAGAAAAAUCCGAUUGCGAAAACUGAUGAUGCCUUAUCUAAUUUGUCGGUAUAGGUUCGAAAGACUGCCUACAUUUGCCUUUUAUUAGUGCCAAGUAGAUGUUUCAUUACCAUUAACGAACCAUGGUGCUGUUGACAAUAAAGUAACGCUUUCGCGUUGAAUCAUUUUCGAGAUAUACAACAAGAA